AUGGACGGUUAUACUAUAGCGCAAGGGGACCCCCGUUACAACCACCAAGAACAGCGACCACCAACAAACUGGGCACCGCAUUUGUUGUCGACGACCCACACAGGCCAGUCGUUUCCGACGCCAGUCACCCCGUCCGGAGUGCCAGACCAUGGGCAGCACUAUCCCUUCUACCCCACGCAGGGAUCUGCAACAGGACAGCAGCAGCCUCAAAAUACGAACCAGCCUGGUAACGGUGGUUCUGGAGACCACGCUCACCCUCAUCCAAUGAGUAGGACCACUUCGUCGCUGUCGUUGAAUCUAUCGUCGCUGACCGUGACAUCGCCCACGAACCUGUCGCCAAUUAACCCACCCCAGUCGAGUCAUGGAUUGUCGCCCGUGGCCUCUCUGGGUCCAUCCAAUAACCACCCGUACCACCAUUCUCAUCACAAUAUAGCUUCCCAAUUCCAAUAUAACGUUCCUGAAACUACCUUAGCCCCUUCGCAACAGCAGCAGCAGCCUCAGGGAGCGCCUGUGCAAGUCCCUGGAAGUAGCCACGGUAGUGGAACAUCGACGCCCUACGACGAGAGCACGCCCCAGCAGUUUCACGAUAGGCGCAUGGCAGCGACGCCCACCACGGCAUCCCGCUCAUCAUCCGCGUCAAGUAUGGGGCUCCUCCGUAAGCGGAGUUUCAGUUCGAAUGGGGCAAGCACGGACACGCUGGUUGAAGUUGAUGAAGUCUACGACGAUUCGAUGGACACGACGACUCCAGGCUCGACAGCCUAUGAUGAUGGAAUGGACAUGCGCUACACUCCUGGUCCGGGAACGGGCACAGGAAACGCGAGCCCCGUCGAUGGCAGUGGGAGCGGCGGUGAGGACGAUAACGGAGGCGGUACUCCGGUCGCGUCAGGAGCGGAGAGGGAGUUAGCUCGAGGGGCUGGGAAGGCAGCGUCGCCUUUCCAACAGACUGUCAUCCUUCAUAUACUGUGGCACGCCAGUGGACUCGCUGUCACCACCCCUGGCCUAGAGGUACCGCCGGCAGCCCUUCUUCGGUAG